CAUAAGAGCUGCCAGGGCCGGGGAAGAGUCGGGUGCUGCGUGGACUCCUGCCUGGCGCCUCCUCCCAAGGGAACCUCAGAGACUCUGGACGGGGAUUCUGCAGAGGGAGCCAUCAUGGGAUGCCGGGGCUGUUCAGGCCCGGCUGUCAAGUGGGCCCUGGGUGGCGGUGUCAUCACAGCUCUGGCAUUAACUGUCGGGAUGGUCCUCGCCUUGACGCUGAACCGGGGUCCCCAGUCUGGCUGCGAGGUGGGUGCGGCCUGCAGCCCCGAAGCGGACAUGUUGGACUACCUGCUGAGCCUGGGCCGGAUCGGAAGCCGGGAUGGCCUGCUGGUCAGCUGGACCCACGGAGCCAACAGCCAGGACAAGAUGGAGGAGGGCCUGAGCAGCGACUCCAUGGUCUUGGAGGCAGACGUCAACAUAGAAGGGCUCAACACAGCCAACGAGACAGGUGUGCCCAUCAUGGCCCAUCCCCCGGCUAUCUACAGUGACAACACGCUGCAGCACUGGCUGGAGACCGUGCUGUCCCGUUCCCAGAAGGGCAUCAAACUAGACUUCAAGAGUCUCAAGGCUGUGGGCCCCUCGCUAGGCCUCCUUCGGCAGCUGACAGAUGCCGGCAGGGUACGGAGGCCCGUGUGGAUCAACGCCGACAUCCUGCCUGGUCCCAACAAUCCCAUCUCAGUUCCGGUCAAUGCCACACAGUUUCUGGCGCUGGUGCAGGAGAAGUACCCCAGGACCACCCUGUCCGUGGGCUGGACCACCCUUUAUUUAGGCCCGGUCCACACCAGGCCUUACACCAAGGCCAUGCUGGAAGAAAUGCAUGCGCUGGUGGGAUCCGUGCCACAGAAGGUCACCUUCCCUGUGCGGGCUGUCAUGGUGCGGGGUGCCUGGCCUCACUUCAGCUGGCUGCUGGACCAAUCUGAGAGGUACACCCUGACACUGUGGCAGGGCAGUGUGGACACUGUGUCAGUGGAUGAUCUCCUCUAUAUCCGGGACAACACAGAGGCUCACCAAGUCUACUACGAUCUCUUCGAGCCUGUCCUGUCACAGUUCAAGCAGCAGGCCUUGAACGCCACAAGGAAGCAGAAGUACUACACAGGUGGCAGCCUGAAGCCUCUUCUCCAGCCACUAGGGGGCGAUGGUCUGAGCUUAGAGUGGCUGGUUCCAGAAGUCCACAGCAAUGGGACAGCAGCAGAGCUUACCCUCCCAGACAAAGAUGGCAUGAUCCUGCUGGACGUCAGCCUCCAAGGAGCUGCAGCCGGGAAUCCUGUGCCUGUCAUAGCUGCCCGCAGUGACCCUGCCCUGACCCUGGAGUCGUCCCUGCUGCAGCUGGCCACACGCCCCGGACAUUGGGGUGUCCACGUGAACAUAGCAGAGCCUGCAGCCCUCCGGCCAGUCCUGACCACACUGGCACACCUCUCCUCCCUUGGCCAUCUGCCUCGUCCUGUGUGGGUUGGGGCAUCCGUCUCAUAUGGCAGUUUUGUGGUCCCUGGACACGUGGACGGCAGAGAGCUGAUCACAGCUGUAACUGACAUUUUCUCCCAUGUGACAGUAGCCCCAGGCUGGCCUGAAGAGGUGCUGGAUAGCGGCUAUGGGGAACAGCAGGUCACAGAUAUGCUAGAGCUGUGUCAGGGGCUCUGGCAACCUGUGUCCUUCCAGCUGGAGGCAGGGCCCCUGGGCCAAAGCAAGGCAGAAGUAGUGGCCAGGCUGCUGGCAACCUCCCCCAGGGCCACUGUCACCAUGCAAAAUAGCCAUGCCGGGAGCAGCCCUGCAGCUGUGCAGGUAGGGCUGCUGGCAGCCAGGGCUGAGGACAGAAGCCGAGUCUACUACAGGCUGCCCCAGGACCAGCGCCAAAACUUGCUGGCAGAUGUUGGCAGGAACUGAUUGCCUGGCAGUGCUGGGCUGAGGCUUC